UGCCAAAAGUUUGUUUGGUGGUUUAGGUGGCGGUCCGUGCGUUUAAUAAAAGGAGGGAUUUUUUGAAAGACUAAAUAAUAAAAGUGACAGUGUGGGAAAUGGCGCAACCUCAACAACCGGGCUACCAGAACAAAAAUACCUAUGCAACAUUACCGCGCACUCAACGGGGCCAGCCCAUUGUUCUGGGUGCCGAUCCUAAGGGCAAGAACUUCCUUUAUACCAAUGGAAACUCAGUGAUAAUUAGAAAUAUUGAGAAUCCAUCCAUCGCCGAUGUCUACACGGAACACUCAUGUGCAGUCAAUGUAGCCAAGUACUCUCCGAGCGGUUUCUACAUUGCAUCUGGUGAUGUGUCCGGAAAAAUACGUAUUUGGGAUACCGUAAACAAGGAGCAUUUGCUGAAAAAUGAGUUCCAGCCUAUUGCUGGCCCCAUUAAGGACAUCAGCUGGUCGCCCGAUAACCAGCGCAUUGUUGCUGUAGGUGAGGGACGAGAACGAUUUGGCCAUGUCUUUAUGUCUGAGACAGGCACAUCAGUAGGCGAGAUAAGUGGUCAGUCGAAGUCUAUCAAUUCGGCAGACUUUAGACCAGCCAGGCCUUUUCGUAUUGUGACAGGCAGCGAAGACAAUACUAUCGCUGUCUUUGAAGGUCCUCCAUUUAAGUUUAAAAUGACCAAGCAAGAUCAUUCGCGAUUUGUGCAGGCUGUGCGCUAUUCGCCCGAUGGGAAAUAUUUUGCGUCGGCAGGCUUUGACGGCAAGGUAUUUUUAUACGACGGCGUCAGCUCAGAGUUAGUUGGCGAAUUCGGCUCACCUGCUCAUAAGGGUGGUGUUUAUGCAUUGGCCUGGAAAGCAGACAGCACACAACUACUUACAUGCUCCGGCGAUAAAACCUGUCGCUUGUGGCAGGUGCAAUCGCGAGAGCUGAUUACUGAGUUCGUCAUGGGUACCACCGUCGAUGAUCAACAAGUUUCUUGCCUGUGGCAGGGAGACAAUUUACUCACUGUGUCGUUGUCAGGCAUUAUAAAUUAUUUGAAUUUGGACGAUCCCAAUAAGCCGUUACGCAUUAUCAAGGGCCAUAACAAACCUAUUACUGUUCUGGGCUUAAGCGAUGAUCGUAGCACAAUCUACACGGGUAGUCACGAUGGCGUUGUGACAAAUUGGAACUCGGGCAAUGGAGUCAACGAUCGCAUCACGGGCUCCGGCCACGGUAAUCAGAUCAACGGAAUUGCGGCGUGGGGUGAUUUCGUCUACACCUGUGGUAUCGAUGAUAGUUUGCGGCAGUUCAGUGUGGAAGGCAAUAGCUACACAGACUACGUAGUGAAGUUAAACUGUCAGCCACGUGGCUUGGCUAUCUUACGCACAGAGAAUAUCAUUGCCCUUGCAUGCAUCAAGGAGCUGACUUUGGUGCAGGACCAAAAGAAGAUAUUUUCCUUGCCUAUUAAAUUCGAGGCAAGUUCAAUAUCGGCCAAUGUUGAAACUUUAGAGGUUGCAGUUGGUGGUGAUGAUCAAAAAGUGCACAUUUAUAAGUUAAAUGGCAAUACGUUGGAACCAAAUACAGAUCUGGAUCACUUGGGUGCCGUGACCGAUGUGGCCUAUUCGCCGGAUCAGAAAUACUUAGUUGCCUGCGAUGCGCAUCGAAAAGUCGUGCUUUACUCUGUCGAAGAUUACAAGCCCGCCCAUAACAAGGAAUGGGGUUUUCACAAUGCACGUGUUAACACUGUUGCCUGGUCACCCAAUUCGCUGCUUGUGGCCAGCGGUUCAUUGGAUACCACUAUUAUUAUCUGGUCUGUAGCCAAUCCAGCCAAACACACCAUCAUAAAAAACGCCCAUCCACAAUCCCAAAUAACACGACUGGUCUGGUUAGACAAUAAUACUGUGAUCUCUACUGGUCAGGAUUGCAAUACCAAAGUCUGGGAGGUCGAAACUAUUUAGAUGCCAAUUUAUAACUCAGUUACCAAGCAUCAGCAGACAAUUUUUAUACAUUUUUACAAAACGCUCUAACCGCGGCCACUUGCCUCCAAAUUUCAGCCUAUGUUUACCUUUCGCUAUUUAUAUGCCCACACCCACUCACUGUAUUCUUAGUUUAAGCUUAAAGUGUUUUCGAUUCAUAUCAUCGAUAAUUAUUAAGUUACUUCUUCUAGUAUUUGUAUAUGUAAAAACAAGUCAUAUUCUUUGCUUGGGUGUUUUCAAAAUUUUAAUAUACUUAUACGAUUUAGAACAACAA